CUGGUAACGACCUGCAAUCAUGCUCAGUCCCAAAAUGCAAAAAACUGUGAGAGUAAAUGAUUCCCAACUGGUCAUGCUCUCAGAGAAAGCACAUUAUGAUCAUUUGCUGUCAGGAUAUUUGUACAAAAGGACAGCUGACUCCACAAAGUGGCAACAACGAUGGUUCGUCCUCUAUCAGAAUCUGUUAUUCUAUUACGAGAAUGAGGCUUGCUCACGACCCAGUGGUGUCAUUCUGCUGGAAGGCUGUUAUUGCGAUCGACUCAUCACCGCCAAAGGCAAAGAGCCAGAUAAACAGCACUGUUUCGCGAUAUCGUAUAGGAGGGAGAACCAACGGCAAUAUGAGCUAAAAGCGGCCACAGAGACGAACUGCAAAGCAUGGAUCGAUGCGAUACGAGAAGCUAGCUUCAACAAAUUGUUGCUACAAAAAGAGGAACUCGAGCAGAAACAUCUGCACCUGUUGCAAAUUGUUGAGAGCGAGAAAACGGCCAAGUGGCAGUACACCCAGCAAUGCGAGGAAUUGGCGUCGGAAAUAAAAAAACUCCGAGCAGAGCUAUGUGCCCUAAAAAAAGAGCUAAGGCCUUCUGUAAUGCCGAUUUAUGCCAGUCGACCGGCGGUUCAAAGAACUAUGUCCCAAGGUACCGGAAGUUUGUACAGCACAUUCCAUUCAUACAGUGUCGGUGCUCACAGUUCCGGCGGCUUCGCUCCCGGAUUACGCGAUAUCUCGGAGGGCUCUAUUGAAAUGCAGAAAGUUAAGAAGGUUCAAAGCUUUUUCAGGGGUUGGCUGUGCCGACGACGUUGGAAGCAAAUUGUUGAACAGUACAUCAAGAGUCCACAUGCCGAGAGCAUGCGCAAACGGAACAGCCUGGUAUUCCAAAUGGUGGAGGCCGAGGAGGAGUAUACGGAGCAGAUGGAGAUUUUAGUAAGCUGUUUUCUGAGGCCUUUCAAGAUGGCUGCCAGUUCAAAGAAACCCCCAUGUAGUCACGAGGAUGUGAAUAGCAUAUUUUUGAAUAGCGAAACCGUGCUGUUUCUCCAUCAAAUCUUCCUGAAGGGUCUCACCUCGCGUAUGGAGAGCUGGCCCACUUUAGUUUUAGGUGACUUGUUUGACAUGUUGCUACCGAUGUUAUCCAUAUAUCAAGAGUACGUGAGAAACCACCACUAUAGCCUUCAAGUGUUGACUGAGUGCAAGCAAUCGUCACCGUUCGUGGCGUUGCUCAAUAGGUUGGAGAACAAGACUGCCUGCCACGGACGAUCCUUGGAGAUCUUUCUAACAUAUCCCAUGCAUCAGAUUCCAAGAUAUAUAAUUACUUUGCACGAGUUAUUGGCACAUACGCCAUAUGAUCAUGUGGAACGUAAGAGCCUUCAGAAUGCCAGGCAACAACUAGAGGAUCUCUCGAGGCAAAUGCAUGAUGAGGUGAGCGAAACUGAAAAUCUAAGAAAAAAUCUAGCAGUGGAGCGUAUGAUUGUCGAAGGAUGCGAUAUUUUACUGGACGUCAAUCAAGUCUUUGUUAGACAGGGUACACUCAUACAACUCGUAGAUAAACCGCGUGGUGCGCGAAGUAGAUUGAGCGCUACUUUUGGCGGCAAAGCCGCGAGCGACAGGGAGGCUGUUAGACAGUGUUUUCUUUUCUCGAAUCAUCUGUUGCUCACAACGCGACAGUCCGAUGAUGAUGGCCGCUUAAAUCUGGUUGCACAGAUUGGCAAGAUACCCCUUUCCGAUGCGGUGCUGAUUGAAGAUCCGAGUGACCAGGGCGCCAUAGAUGAUGAUGGACUGUCAGUAUGUUCGAUGUCAAGCGGCAUCAGUGAAAGUAGCGGAAGUGGUAGCGGCAGUGGAACCUCCCAGUUGCAGAAUCGCGAUUUCAAGAUUGUACUUGAUAUAAAAUCCGGUGGACCGCAGGUGAUCGUCCAUCUCGUGGCGCCUACCAUGCAAGAAAAAGCAGCGUGGGUUAGUGACAUAAGUCAAUGUAUGGACAACGUUCACUUUAACGAUCUGCUUCAUGGAUCGUUGUCGGACACCAGCUCCGUCACGAUGCCACAAUCCAUCCGGAACGACCCAAAGCUGUUUAAGGACGACGUGGAUAUCAGAUUCAGUCGUACUUUGAACUCCUGCAAAAUACCGCAGAUCCGUUCCGCGACGCCCGAGCGACUAUUACAGCGAUUGACCGACCUCAGGUUUCUUAGUAUUGAUUUUCUCAACACAUUUCUGUUGACAUAUCGAGUAUUCACCGACGGCGUCACAGUGCUGGAAGCCUUAAAAAAAGUUUUUUAUGAAGCCGAGCCACCGGACGCACAAAUAACCACCGGAUCUCUUGUAUCCUUAGACGUAUUAGGAACAAAUGCAAACGAAACGCAAUUAUAUUCCGAGGACCGAAGAAAAAGCUUUUCACCGAGACGAACUAGCGGCGCAAGCUCAGUAUCAGGUGUAUACAUUAAUAAAAAUCAUGGAGAGAUAAAAAAUGAGCAAAUAAUUCAGACAAGUAAUAAAAAAUAUGAUACUCGCGACGCGAAAUCCCAUGGAUCCUUUGACGUUAAUACCAGCGGAUAUAAUUCGAAAAGUCACUGGCGAUCUGGUUAUAAGAAGUUAGACGAAGAACAACUGCUCGGCCAUAUCUCCGAGGCUCCAGUCAUAAAGCGCAGUCCAACGUCGCAAGCGUCCAGUCCAUCUAAUUCGUUGCAAUCUCCGGCUAUGCCGCGAAAAAUUAGCAUUCGUGUGGAUAAUAACGAAAUCGAAAAUGAUGGAUGUCAUCUGACAAUACCGAAAGUAAUAGCCGUGUCGUCCAGUUCCGAGACACUCACAGAUGUUACAGCAAUCAGCGCACCAUCUUCACCGAGCAACUUGAGUUCUGUGACACUAGUUGGUUCGACGGAAUCUGGAUCCGGAUCUGGAUCUGGAUCCGAUCCGAGUCCUCAAGAGGGAGGUAUUUACUCACGUCGCGUCUCGGAAAUUGAUACACCUGGCACUGCAGAAGAGGAUGCAAAAGUACAAUUUACUUAUGACGACAUACCAUCACCAUCACAAUCAGUUGAGCCUAUCAAGCCCAAAUCGCCGAAGAUACCCAAGACACCCAAGACACCUACCACUCCUAAGACGCCAAAAUCUCCAAAACCGCUUGUCUCUCUGCUGAUAAAGGAGAGUAAAGAUGAGCAAAGUACCGAUGAUGAUGAAAGUAUAACUUCUCCAAAACCAAACAAUCAAUCAGCACAGCAGAAUCAACAGCAGUAUUCGGAGCAUAGGGCAUCGAUCGCUUCUGCGCCAGCCGCCACCGGACCAAGGAGCGGUUCGGUUUCCACUAUAACUGGUAAUUAUUGGGUAAAUAGACGAUCAAUGCAUGAUGAGAUCUCGCAGCAGAGCAGCUAUCACGAUGCUCAGGUUUCCAGUAAGGCCGGUGUGGUAAUAACCAGCUUUCGACAGAGUCAUCGAAGCAUUGGAGCUGAAUCUAUCUGGAGCAGCACGUCCACGGCGGCGACCGCAUUUGCUAUCGCAACUUCUGCUUCGAGUAAUCCACCAGACAAAGGGCCUGCCACUGACGGUAACAAUCGUGGCCGAGAUAAGAAUAGGCGGAAGGAAUCGGUAAUGUCGACCGCCGCAACUAUGAGGGUGCUAAACGUCCUGAGACACUGGGUAUCCAAGCAUGCUCAGGACUUCGAAAUGGAUCAGAAAUUGAAGACCCUGACUAUAGAGUUCCUGGAAGAUAUCAAUUACAGCCCUAAUCUGUUACCAGCCGAACACAAGGCGGCCACUCAACUUUUGCGAUUAAUUACCAAGGAAGAAACUGAGAGCAACAAGGUCGAUCUGAAAAAAUUACUGACUCCGCCAGUAAUUCCGAGUAAGGAGAGCAUCGAGACGCUGUCUGCACUCGAGAUUGCUGAACAGAUGACAUAUCUAGAUCAUCAUAUAUUUAUUUCCAUCGCUAGCGAAGAAUUUCUUGGACAAGCGUGGAUGAAGACGGACAAGGCAACUCGCGCGCCUCAUAUUCUUCUCAUGACGAAAAGAUUCAACGAAGUAUCGCAAUUGGUUGUUUCCGAAAUUAUUCGUCGUUCCAAUAUGUCGGCCAGAGUCGCGGCUAUCGAGAAAUGGGCUGCGGUUGCUGAUAUCAAUAGGGUUUUGCAUAAUUACAACGGUGUGCUGCAAAUUUGCGCUGCGUUCACAAACAGUAGCGUAUAUAGGCUGAAGAAAACUUGGGAUAAGGUUUCCAAAACGACAAAGCAAACGAUAGAAAGACUACAGCAUAUCGUAUCAUCCGAUGGACGCUUUAGAAAUUUGCGGGACGCCUUGCAUCGAUGUGAUCCACCUUGUAUCCCUUACUUAGGUCUUUAUCUUACCGACCUUUCGUUUAUUGAAGAGGGUACUCCAAAUGUCACCGAAGGUCUUUUAAAUUUCUCAAAAAUGCGAAUGAUUUCUCACGUAAUCCGCGAGAUACGGCAUUUCCAACAAACCCCCUAUAAGAUCGAAUUGGUCACGAAACGAGAAGGAUCUGUAUCGUAUGUCCUUGGAACUCGAGCCCAGAACAUCUAG